AAUUAAUUCUGAUAUCGCAGCAUAAAAUAUGGCUGCCGAAUGGGUGUGUGUACAGCGCCAGCAAGACGAGUGCCGCCGCUAUCUUGAUCAGUUCAAAGUUCUAGAUCAUCCACUGAAACAAUCGACGAUAACGGUUCUGGAAAGUCGAGGAACUCGCAGCAAGGUUUCAACAGCAGCGAAUGGAAUCUCACUGAGCAGUAAUAAUUCAGCAGUAAUGACUGCCGCAACGUUGUCACUCGAUCCGCUUACUAUUGCUUUCGAUGGAUCGGAUCCGUUAAGCCAAUUUGCCAAGCAGCAGUCGACAUCGUUGGGUAAGGAUCCGCUUUCCAGAAUGGCGGCCGAGAUGGAAAACAGUGCUACGGUUCCGCUGAGUCCGGUGGGAUCGCGAAACUCCAUCGGGAAAGGAAAAGAGCCAACCAAUUUGUUAGAACUGGACCUCAUCGAACCAUGGGCCGCCCGCCGGGGUGCGAUUCUGAACAAGUAUACCACCUCCGAGAAGCUGUCGAUUGUGACCAGCUUUUUGACUGGCGGCGAAACGAUCAAGCCUCAAACGACAAUGUCGGAGAAGGUCAAAUAUCGAUUGGAACAGCUGGAUGACUUUGAAGAGGGUUCCGUGCGACAGAUGCUGGACCUCUCGCAGCAAGAGUAUGUCGUAAAGAUCGAGCAGCUUAACCACGAAUUGGUGCUAGCGUGGAAUCAGGACCAGCGCGUGAAAGCGCUCAAAAUUGCGAUCCAAUGCUCGAAGCUGCUGUCCGACACGUCCGUCAUUCAGUUUUACCCGUCGAAAUUUGUGCUCAUCACCGACAUUCUCGACAUUUUCGGUCGGCUCGUGUACGACCGGCUGCGCACCAAAGCCGACUACAUUCAUCCGGGCACGCGCGAAAUGACGUCUCUGCCGGAAAACUUUACCCCGGAUAUGGUGCCCGAAUCGGCGAAGGAAACGUGCCAGAAUUGGUUCUACAAAAUCGCUUCGAUCCGGGAGCUGCUGCCGCGGCUGUACGUUGAGAUAGCCAUUUUGCGCUGUUACAGCUUUCUGACCCAGGACGAGUUUGGUCUGGCGUUGCGCAGACUAACGAAAAUGAUCCGUGGUAUUGGUGAUCCGCUGGUGGCGAUCUACGCCCGGUGCUAUCUGUGUCGAGUAGGUAUGAGCUUGACACUCGACCGGACAUACAUUGGCGAAAAUCUGGACGAUAUUCUAACGGUGUACCAUACCAUCUUUAAUGGUGGUAUCCGGUCGGAGAUCGCGCACCAUCGCAUCACCCUGAACGGAUACAUUUCACUGUAUCUCCCGGCGCUCGAUUGGAUUUUGCAAGGAGUGGCCAUUUUGACGACGGACAACCAACUGGACGAUAUUUUACAGCGUUGCAAAGAAAAGAAAAAUCCUGCCCUGCUCCUACAGUCGAUGAUGCAAUCGUUCCGAUCGGAUUUUAUCGCGUCACGGGCAACACAUUUCGUGCAGAUUCUUUCCUCCAUCUCGGUGGAAGGCCUUACAAGGGGACAGUUGUUCCGGCUGCUAGGAAGCAUCCUCAGUCACACACCACCGCCCACCGAACAGAGGCCAGUGGUGCUCGCGAGUGCCAUGAAAACGAUUUGCUCAUUGGGCAAUGUGGAGGAGUUUAUGCAGUGUGCGGAGAUGUGGGCCCAGUACACUAGUCAACAUUUUGGGCUCAAAGAGAUCGAUAUCUUCCUUGGUAAUGUGCUGCAGCAGAUGACCCCUAAUCGGUUGUACGAACAACACUAUCACGAGCUGCAAGUCAUAGUGGAUAAAAUUGUCUCCAAUGCUCAAGACGUGCACGGUAUACUAGCGCUGGAUAAUUUUCUACCGCUGCUGGAUCUGUUCCAAAAGGAGACCAUAAAGCUGGAGGUCUGUAAAAAUGUUCUCACCAGCUAUCGCAAUGCAACGGCCUGCGAUAAUGCAAUCAUCAACGAUCCGAUCGUUACCAAUGCCCUCAUGUACAUCAGCCGGGUAUUGAAUGAUUCCGCCAACGCUCUUACUGGUGAAGAUGAACGGCGACAAAUCAGUGGUCUCAUUUGUCACUUCAUACGCAAGGUAGACUUUGGACGAGAUUUCGAACAGCAGUUGGCAUUCUACGUCGAAGCACGUUCGGUGCUGUCCAACCUCGAUUCGGCCCUUUCCACGCUCAUACAUGCGGUCAACCGAUUGGCGACAAGCACGCGACGUAUCGUGAAAGGUCAGCACACGCAAAAGACAGCAGCUUUCGUGAAGGCCUGCGCUGCUUACUGCUUCAUUACGAUCCCUUCCAUCAUUGAUGUGCGGACGCGCAUGGAACUGUACCUACAGGCCGGCCAGGUGGCAUUGCUUAACAGCUGUCUACAGCAUGCCGAUUCGUGCUUAGAAGCUGCACUCAAUUUAAUUCCCGAGAUGCCGCGGAUGGUGGAAACCGAUGGCAAGCUACAAUCCACGGAAGGAUUCAUUAGAACGUUCGUGGUUAACUUCUUGUCCACACUCGUUAUAGUGCCGGAUAAUCCCACCCAGGGUGUGUUGUAUCUGUUGCGUCUCCUGCUGGAAGUCGUGCCAAAGUAUCCGUUCGAGCCGACAUCGAAUGUGCUUUCCGGCAUCUACCUGCACGUGCUCGACUUUUUGUCCGUGGCGGCACAGGAAGUGUACCCGUACCAUAUCGUUAACGUCAUUUCGAACGACGAGCUGUACGGGUCCGAUCCGAAAUUCAUCGCGGAAGUAAACGAGCUGUGCUGCACGGUAUGCGAUAAGCUGCUGCAGCAUCUUAAAGCACUGCUAGAAACGAACGCACUGCGAGCACAAUCGCAGUUGGCGUUGGACCUGUUCCUAAAGAUUAUUACCGGUGCCGAUCUGUCGGUGGACAAAAUGUUUACCUUGACGGUUAAUCUGUGGAACCUGGCGGUUAAGAAUCGGAGCGCAAUCGAACCGAAACAACUGCAAACUGUUGUAGCGUACACAGAGCAUCUUGCCCAGAUAACACACGUCGAGUCACAAAGGCAGUGCCUAUGGAUGCUGCUAGACAAAAUGAAAUCUCGGAUAUAA